UGGACAGACUGCAGGAGGGAAAAGGGUGAAAUUGCAAAACCAUCUUUCAACAGAAACACACCACGUUAAGGCUCCUGGCUUCCUCUUACAAUAAAUGGUGACUUUUCUCAACAGGCACAGAGAUGCACAUGUAGUCUCCACAGAACACAAAGCUAAUAUUUAGAGCUCUUGCAUCUGAAAGAUGAAACAUGGCACUCAAUCCCUCAAAAUAGGGUCCUCUACCUACAAUUUAGUUGAAUGUGAUUGAGGGAAAGUCAGUUUCACUGAUAGUAAAUGAGUAUACAAAAUGCCAUUAGUGUGUAGGCUAAUAAUAUAAUAAAAUGUAACAGUAAUUAUAGCAGAAUUGCACAGAAUGACCGUAGUAAUAGCAAUUAUCCCAAUAAGGGAAACAAAGAAAAAAGGUUUUCAUUAGCAUCUGAUGCAUUUAUAAGACAGUCGUGAAACUGAUCAUGUCAAAACAUUCUGUGUACUUAAAGAGAACCUGCAGAGACUAAAAAAAUCAUAAUCCUAAUUUUUAAAAUCCUAGAACCAGGUACAUUGCAAAACAUUCACAAACAACAAACAUAUUUCUUUUCGUUUGUUAUCUAACCCAUGCUUUGUUUCUGAGAACUCAAACUGGAACUCCCCUCAACAAAACAGGAACAACGAGUUUGACGUGCAUAUGAAGAGGCAAGUCUUCUGUUGACAUGAAACUCUGAAGACCGAAGCUGAGUAGUUGGUAGUUGUACAGUACAGGUAUAAGUUGGAAAACGGCUCUUGUUUGGAAGAUACUUUCAUACACCAUAGCUCAACCUUCAAGAAACUGAAUUUCACCUCUAGCACAGUCUUUUCAGAUCUUCGCACUGCCAGUCAGUCAUGGUGGACCAGACACCAUUCGAACAGAAGAACCGGGAACGGAUCCAGGCAGUGGAAAAUUCCUUUGGGCCCUCUGGGAAGUCGCUGAUGGAGCCGGGUCGUGUGUUGGUGGGAGAGGGACGACUCCUGAAGCUGUGCCGUCGUCGGCCGCAACAGAAGGUCUUCUAUCUGUUCAAUGACAUCCUGAUCUAUGGGAGUAUAAUUCUUCAUGGAAGAUGGCACAAGAGGCAGCAGGUCAUCCAACUGGAGGAGGUCGAACAGGAGGACCUGGAGGACGGGCUGGGCAUGGCCAACCAGUGGCUGCUCCGCACGCCUCGCAAGUCCUUCUCCGUGGCUGCUGCCUCGCUCGAGGAGAAGCAAGCCUGGAUGGAACACAUCGAGGAGUGUCGUUUGCAACAGAUUGAACGCCUCGGCCUCAAGUCCGAAAAGAGGGGGAGUUUCGCCGCCUCCUGGAUUCCCGACCGUGCGUCCGCCAUCUGCAUGCGCUGCUCGAAUCGCUUCGGGGUGACGCAGAGACGCCACCACUGCCGCCGCUGCGGCUUCAUCGUCUGCAACACCUGCUCAAAGGGACGGGCCGUGCUGGAGAACAUCUCCAGGAAGCCGGUGCGCGUCUGCCAGCAGUGCAUGGCCACCAUGCAGGGGGAGUGGCAGCAGGGUCAGACCCAGGGGGACUCAUGGAACAGCAGAAACUGGCAUAAGGGCUCCGUGGAGGACAAGCAACACACGCUUCCUGACGACGACGUCUCCAGCGGAGAGGAGUGCGAGGAGCCAGCCGAGAGCCAUGCGCCCACUCAGUGGGUCAGCAUGCAAGACGGCUCCUGCUCACCUUACUGUUAUUUUAACCCAGAUCAUCUAACACCUCCUGGACUGACAGCCUGAAGCCAUUAAGAACAGCAAACUGGUGGAGCACGACAAAGACUGAAUUUUUAAGAAAUAGGCAAGGCACACUCACACUAAUUUCCUGAUAUAUUCAACUGAAGUAGGUUUAUCCUGAUAUUGUUUUAAGCAAAUUAUAUUAGGUGUUUUACUGACAUAUGCGUAGGCCUACUACUGUUGUGUACUUUUUCUGGACAGGCACAUGAAAAAAAUACACUUGCACUUUAAGAUAUAUCAAAUAAAAUGUACUCAAAAAACCUGGUCUAAACAUUUUACGAUUUUGUUUUUCUCCAAUUACCUGAAGGAUUUAGCUCUAAACAAAAAGGAAACACUUGAUAAAAAUCCACUUAGUAGCACUAGAAUGUGCCACUUUCUAUUUUCCAGAUGAAAGAAGCUCUCAGCUUCAAAUGUGAUUCAUUAAAGGCAGAAUAGCAUACAAUUUGAUACAUUUAUGUACUCAAGAAGAACUAGCAGUCCUAUAAACCAUGUGGUUUUUUUACUGCACAUGAUCUCAUCACAGACCUUUGCUCUCUGCUGAAUCACGAGUGACGAGAAAUAAAGCUUCUCAUUCUACACCAUCCAGUAGAACUUCAUUCCAUUGCUGGAGAUGUGCCACAGUCAGUCCGAGAUAUGUUGAACAUUUAGAACUAGGUAGGAGAAA